GACAAUUUCUAAUUAGCAUUUGUUUUCACCUUUGCUACUUGUAUGCAUAAAAAUGGACCCAAUACUAAAUAGCAACCCAAGCUCCCUUCUCUCUCUGCUUUAUUAAUGCCUUGAAAACUCAUUCUCCUUUCUUUAUUGUUUGUAGGGUCCCAAGCACUGAACCCUGAGCAGCUCACUCAGGAACCAAAAGAAACUUCCCACCUCCCAAGUAUCUCACCCACGCUCUUCAUCCUCCACACAUCUCCCCCUCCCUCUCCCACUGCCAAAAUCUCAAUCUCAAUGGAAGAAAGCCCCAAAUUCAAACCACAAACCCUCUCGCAGAGCAGCAGUCGAAGAAGACGAACCAGCACCGACUCCAACUCGCCCGAGUUCGAGUUCUGGAUGGUCCGGAACCCCUCCUGCCCUCAACCCAAUCUCCUCUCCGCAGAUGAACUCUUUGUUGAUGGCGUGCUCCUCCCUCUCCACCUCCUCCCCAACCAACCCGACCCAAAUCCACAACCUAUCUCAGAACAGCCUGUUCCAGACUCAGAAACCGUCUCAGAACCAGCUGUUCCGGACCCAGAACCGGAACCCAGCCCAGGACCCGAGCUGUCAACCGCUCCAGUUCUAACCGCAUCGAAGCGUUGGAGGGACAUUUUUAAGAAGGGCGAGAAGAAAACCGUCAAAGGUGACGAGAAUGAUAAAGAGAAAGACAAGAAGAAAGAGCGAAAGGGUGGAACCGGAGCGAGCUCGGCCGAGUUGAACAUCAAUAUAUGGCCUUUUUCACGCAGUAGAUCCGCCGGGAACGCGUAUACCCGACCCAAACCACCAUUCGGAUCCCCCGCAACCCGGAAGGUGAACAGCGCGCCGUGUUCAAGGAGCAACUCGACGGGCGAGUCGAAGUCGAGAAAAUGGCCUCCUGCAAGUCCGGGUCGGCCCGGAGUCCAUUUGGGUCGCAGCAGCCCGGUUUGGCAGGUCCGGCGCGGGAGCUCGGUGGCGGUAAAGAGCAGCUUGGAACCACAUGUUCGGAAUGCUGAAAAGGGGACCAAAAAGGAAGUGCCCGAGAGUCGCCGGAGUAAAAAUACCACCGUUGUCGCUGGCGCGGGUGGUGCGAAAGGCAGGGUCUUGAAUUUGAAUGUUCCGAUGUGCAUUGGGUACAGAAGCCAUUUGAGUUGUAGAAGUGACGAGAAUAGUGCUGUAGGUGUGGCCGGCGGUGGAGGCAGUGGCAGCAGAAACCGCGGUGGCGGCGGUGGUCACGGUGGAGAUAGUGGCGUCGGUGGUAAUCUUUUUAAUCUGCGCAGCCUUUUCUCUAAGAAGGUGUAUUAAGUAAUAUUAAUCGUCUUUCGACUUUUUAACUUAUUUUUGUAUAAUUUCCGAGGGUCCAUGGUUGAUUGAUUUUGUAUAAUCUUCUUCUUCUCUUUUCUCUGUGGCGAAUAGAACCGGAAAAAAUAUUUAUAAUAUGAAAAGGGUAUCUUUUCUACAUGUAAUUAGAUUGAAAAGUAGGUUUCUGAGCAGAAACAAAUGGGUUGGUUUGGUUGUAAAAUUUUAUUUAUCUGA